UCAAACCACACUCUACGGCGGCAGGGCGUUCAUAUUUCCAUCCCCAACACUCCGCGGAAGAAAGUAUCAAUAGAGCAAGGACUUGGCCGAAUGGAGGCCACGCAUAGUUGGAGAGAGUAAUGGGAGCAGUGUGACAUGAUCAUUUCAAACAAUGAACACUGGGCAAUGGUCGUGCCGCCUAGCAUCCUUCUGGUCUGCACCAUUAUACUUAAAAUCAAACCCAAGCAAAUUACACGACGAUUUUGCUCACGCGCCCUGGCUCACGAUCUCCAUAUCCUUCGCUAUGACCAUAGCUCUCUAGUUCAUUACAUGCCGUCUCAUCACGUCCUUUCAGGAGAAAGGCAGUUCGGAGGACGUGCGGUUGUUGUAUCAUCGCACUGUCGAGCUCUUCAUCGAAUCUACCAUUCUCUACUUUGUCAGCUUGAUCUAUCAUCUAUGCCAUGUUUGUCGCUCGUACUGAGUGAACGCACUGCUACUUUGAGCCAAUGGCCGAGAUUACAGGAGUACGAUUCGGUCUCCAUCUCCCCAUUACUUUAUCCUAACGGAAUUUUGGCUUUAGGCAGUGGCGCCUAUCCUCUUCUUGGGACACAUCUUGAGGGCUUUGCACGUCCGUACGGUUCCUGGAAAGGAAGCAUCCUAACUGCAAAAGAGAAACCUCCUCAGGCUCCGCCAGACCAAAUUAGCUCAGUUACACCAUACACGCAUGUCUUAUUUGUGCUCCUGCUCCUGCUCCGAUUCUGGCGGAUAGUCAGCCUGGGACUGUCCCACAUGCCUGUUUCUACAUAAGCCUGCUCAUAGAGCCCUUGUGAUUAGGAACAGCCAGUUUUUUUCUGGACUUGCUGAAGAAAUAAGUGCUAUGGAACUCGCAAGGCGUCCAAGAUGGUGAAAUGAUAGCUGGCUUCUAGGGGAUUAUUGGUAUCGAAGGUGUCGUGAGUUGAAGUGUCAUCUCGAGGAUGUUGGUGGUACAUGUACGGCUUUUCAUGGAUUAGGGUCGUUGGAAUAAUAAAUCCAUCUGUGAUACCCCAUCUUCUUCAUCACUUGACAAGAAGACAUCUCAACUCGGUCUCCAUCUUGUCUGAUCUUUCCAAC